UUCAGGGUUAAUAUAGAGGACGAAACAAUUAAUUGAACGUCUUCGGCUGUUAAGUGCCAGAUCGAUCUCGGCAUUUCGAAACACUCCGAAAAUAACAGAGAGCUUCGGCGGGUAUCCUGGAUAUUGCAGAAUAGGUAGGGCACAGGGACCGAGACUCCGAGGAACUAAGGUGAGACAGGGGACAUAUCCGCCAUGGCUUUACCUAUACAGGCGCAACCCGGACAAGGGGGACAGUGGAUGCAGUCGCCCCAGGGCAUAACGGGAAUUCCCCCGGGUCUGGAGUAUAUGAGCGCCCUGGACCAAAUCAUCGUGAAACAGAAGAUUGAGAUUUUGGAAUUGCUCACCGGUUGUGAAAUGAGAAACAAAUAUGAUGUUCUAAACAGCGUGGGACAGCAAUGCUAUUAUGCAGAGGAAGAAUCGGAAUUUUGUAACAGAAUUUGUUGUGGUCCGAUGAGGGAAUACAUCAUGCACAUAACCGACAAUUCACAACAGGAAGUAAUGAGAAUCAGCCAUGACUUUGUCUGUUGCGUGGGUUGUUGUUGGUGUGCCACGGAUUCUUCCUGCGGCUAUGAGGUCAAAAUCGAGGCUCCAGUUGGAAACAUCAUUGGCUAUGCCAAACAACAGUCUUCGAAGUGGAAACCCCACAUAAGAGUUUUUGACGCUAACCGCCAGCCGAUGUACGUGGUGAGGGGACCCUGCUGUUGGGGCUGUCAGAACUGCUUCUGUACGGACGACAUCGACUUCCCCAUAACAGACUUGACUGAGCAGAACGUACUGGGCCGGAUGUUCAAACGCUGGGCCGGAUGUGGGCGUGAAAUGUUCACAGACGCCGACACUUUCGGUGUCACCUUUCCGGCAGACAUGGCUAUCACAAGCAAAGCCCUAUUGUUUGGAACACUCUUUUUAGUGGAUUUCCUUUAUUACGAACAACAAAAGAACAACAACAACAACUAAAGGAGAAAAAAGAGAUACAGGAGACAAGCAGGAAUUAUCAGCAAAGACAUUACUAUAUUCGAAGAUAUUAAGUAACAAUCGACUUAACUUUUCAUGUACUAUAGUAGUGUAAUUAGAACAUGUUUUAUUUUUAUACAGUGUACAAGAAUAUGGAGAAAUUGUAUUUACAUUUCCUGUGAUAGUAUUGGUACAAUUAUUUUUAAGGUUUAUCAACGUGUAUCUGUAUGUUACUUUGGAUCUGAUGACGUUUUUUUUUCAUUGUUUUUAAUACAUUCCAACUUAGUUUAUACUUUUUUUGUGAAAAUAUUCACUCAAUUUAUCUAAAAGACAUUUUCCUCAUAUCUCAGUGAUAUCUGAAGGUAAUAUAGCCCGUGCCAGUUUUUACCGUGAUUGUAUGCAUGAGUGAAUUGUAGAGUUUAUUUUAUUAAAAAUGAAAAUGUAUAUAAAACAACUGUUGUUAUGUUUUUCAAUAGCGAUCAUCAUAAAACUCUACAUGUAUGUGCACAAUCUUUAUUUUACCUUAAACUUAUAAUUAGUGUAAAAUGCACGACAUGUCUUGUUGAUCAAAUUAAAAUUGAACUUGUAAAAUGCUUUAGCGUAUCUUGGAGGAGCAGUUUUAAAUUGUAUGAAGCGUAACGCAGAGGAGCGGUUUAACAGGUCUAAUUUUUAUAAGACCGGUGUCUUGUCGGAGUCUAUUGAUGUUGUUUGGCGUCACAUCGAGCAUGGGGCCGACUGUUAACCAUUGCAGAGUUUGUUUAUUUUAUUUUAGCCGUUUCUGGUUUUGUGUCAAUUUCCUUUUACUUUUAAGUACAUGUCGGGAUUUGUAUUUUCAUAACAUAGAUUUACAGAUGUGGGUUGAUAUAAUAUACAUGUCAACACGUGACACAUGCAUUUGACAAUGUUUGAAAUAUAUGUUUGUUAAUUAAGUUACAAUAAAAAAUGUAAUAUAUAAAAAGAUUAUAACUGCAAUCAAGAUCGAUUUCUCAGGUCAUAUUCAUUUAAAGUUAUUUUCCUACGAAUAUUUUUGUUCUUCUGAUUGAAUAAUAAGUCCUUGGUGAUAUAUUAUCUUAUACUUAACAAUGUACAACUCAAUAACAACUCAAUGUACCAAUAUUUAUAACAGAAUAUCGAAGAAUUGUGCAAUCAAUCAAUGCUCCGGGUUUUUUAAAUAAAAAAAAUUAUGUAGUUU